AUGGUCAGAAAAGAAGGGGAGUCCAUAAAUAACUCAAUUUACACUUUAUUUCCUCACCGCUUAACCUUUUCCUGUACAAGGGCCAGGCUUUCCUUUCUUCCACUAAUUUCUUCUUCUUCUUCUUCUUCCCUUUAUUUGCUUCUCAUUUUCCUUUCCUUCUCUUCUUCCACCCUUCUAUCAUCUCAAACAACUUUCAAGCCAAACAAAUUUGUUUUACCAGUGCACCAAGAUAACAUGACCAAUCUUUAUGUGGCUAACAUUUACAAGAGAACUCCUCUAUUGCAAGUCCUAUUUGUUGUGGACUUGAAUGGAAGGUUACUAUGGGUUACUUGUGAGCAAAGCUACCAUUCAUCAACCUACCGCGCCCCUUGAUGCCACUCAACUCAAUGCGCUAGAGCCAGCACUCACUAUUGCCACACUUGCUCCUCCAAGGCUAGACCAGGGUGCCACAACAACACUGGGCUCAUGUCAAUGAACCCUGUGACAGGCCUACAUGCCAUGAGUGAGCUUGCCCAAGAUGUGCUAUCAAUUGAAUCCACUCAAGGGUCUAACCCUGGUCGCCUGGUUAGGAUACCUCAGUUCUUGUUUACUUGUGCACCUUCGCUUUUACUGCAAAGAGGGUUAGCAGAAAAUGUUCAAGGGGUAGCUGGACUGGGGCAUUCCCCUAUUUCUGUACCAAGUCAACUUGCCUCAAACUUUGGAUUUGCUGGUUUUGCCCCAACAUUUGCCUUGUGUCUAGCUCCUGAUGGGGUCAUUUUCUUUGGGGAUAGCCCUUAUUAUAUGCUCCCUGAUGUCGAUAUCUCACGCCCUUUAAGCUACACUCCACUUAUCAUUAGUCCACUAGGAGAGUACUACAUAGAAGUGAGAUCUAUCAAAAUAAAUAACAAGGAUGUUCCAAUAAACACAACUCUGUUAUCAAUCAAUAGACGAGGUGUUGGAGGCACAAAGCUCAGCACAAUCAAUCCUUGUACAGUUCUUGAACACUCAAUCUUCAAAGCUUUCACUCAAUUUUUCACUAAGGAGCUCUGUAGCAUUCCCCAAGUAAAACCUGUUGAACCUUUUGGGGUUUGUUUCAACUCGAACAGUUUUAAAAGCACCAACGUUGGACCACGGGUUCCAAAUAUCGACCUUGUGCUCCAUGAUCAGCAUGUUGUAUGGAGGAUUUUCGGAGCAAACUCCAUGAUUCAAGCUGCACCAGGAGUUUCUUGCUUAGCCUUUGUUGAUGGAGGACUGAACAAUCGAGCUUCAAUUAUUAUUGGAGCUUACCAAAUGGAGAAUAAUCUUGUACAAUUUGAUCUGGCUAGAUCAAGGCUAGGUUUCAGCUCUUCCCUGCUGUUUUUCAGGACUUCUUGCAAUAACUUCAACUUCACUGGUGUUCCAUAUUGA